AUGUUAGUUUUUAUAGGAAUGGUCUUAGUUUAAACACAAUAAGUGAUUGAUAUAAGAUUUUCAGAGAUUUGUAAUUGUUCAUAAUUAGUAAGUGAAAGUGAUUGUUAAAGAGAUCUUUAUUGUUAUUGGUUUAAGAACAAAUGUGAAACAAUUCCAUGUGGUGAUUUUAAUAAUACUAAUUAUAUAUGCUAAGCAUCACGGAAAUGCUAUGUGAAUUAUAAUAAAUCAGAUUGUUCUGAUUUAACAAUUAAUUCUAAUGAUGAAGAUAUUUGUUCUCGUCUACUUUCAAAUAGUUCACAUUCAUGUUAUGAUUAAAAUGUUUGGUGCACCAAUCAAACUGGUAGUGAUUAUUGUACAUUAUAAUCAUUGAGUCAUUGUGAAUCAUUGACAACUUAAUAAGCAUGUUUUUACAAUUUUGGUUAUUGUGCUUGGAACUCUUAAUCAAAUAGUUGUACUAUAGCAAUAUGUGAAUAAUUAAGUAAUAAUUAAUGUGGAUAUUAUCCAUUUUAUUGUAUUUUACUUAAUAAUUAGUGUGUAAAAGCAAAAUGUUCAUCUUUGCCUGAAUAUUUUUGUAAUUAUAUAAUAACAGGAGUUGUUGAGAAUGGUUAUUAAAUCCAGGUAUGUUAAUAUAAUAGUGAAUUUGAUCGAUGUUAAGAUGUGUCGACUAGUAAUUUGGGUAGUGAUACUUGUUAUAAGAAUACCUUACAUACAUAUUAUUGGAAUAAAAAUGAAUGCUAAAAGUGCUAUGAUUAUAUUUUAUUAAUGAUGAGUUUUAUAAUUUAUUUAUUAUUUUGAAUAAAAAGAUGGUAAUUCGAUAAUUAAUUUCAAGUAGUUCAUAAUGCUUGGAGGAGUUACUCAUAGAUUAGAGAUAGAAUAAAUUAAGAGAGUGCUGAGAGAUUGAAGAAUUUACCAACAAAAACUUAAGAGAAGAUAACAAAUUUUUGGAUAAUCGCUAAUAUAGAUGCAGUCAAAAUAACAACAAGAGAGAGAAUAUUAUUUUAUGCAUUACAUGAUGGUACAACAACAAUGGAUUUUAUACCUUAAGAGAGAUAGAGAGGAAUAAUAAUUAGAUCUGUUGCAUUUAUCAUUUAAUUAAGCAAAUCAUAAAUAUAUACACUGAGCAUCUACAUUUUACAGCUGAAAUAGAAAUUGAAAAUAAGUAAUAUUUUUAGAUGA